CUAAUGAUGCUAAUGGUGUUAAUGGUGCUAAUGGUGCUAAUGGUGCUAAUGGUGCUGAUGGUGUUACCCCCCAGGUGACGGCGCUAUCCGCAGUGAGCAGCUGACGUUGGCGCUGCGUUGGAUGCGGGAGUUCAGGGCUGGGCUGGAACAGGAGCACGACGUGGUGGGAUUCGAUGUGAUCUGCGGGGACCUCAACAUGCACCACGGGUGUGAGGGCCCGGCCCCCCCCGAGCAGCAGGAGCUGUUCCAGCAUUACAUCGAUCCCUGUCGUGUGGGGCAGCAACGGGACGCACCGUGGGCAAUGGGCACGCUGCUGGAUUACCUGAAGAUCUACGACGAUCCCAUAAACAGCCCCGACAGAAUGAAGAGGACUCUCUCAGACCCAGUUGGCCGGCGGCGUUCCUGGCGGGACCCCUCAUCUGCAACCCCAAAUGUGACCCCAAAAGGGCGCCACGACCCCAAUAGGGACUUUAAUAGGGACCCCAAUAUGGACCCUAAUAGGGACCCCAAUAUGGACCCCAAUGGGGCCCCAUUGCCUGCAGAGUGGCAGGGCCGGCGCGUGGAUUACAUCCUAUACAGGGAGGGGGACAGCAGGAUGAGCACGACGGUGUCGUCCCUGUGCUUUGUGACGGCUCUGGCCGCCCGCUCGGACCAUCUCCCCACGGCUCUGACCCUCAGCGUCCGCCCCACAAGUGGGGGGGG